AUGGAACAGCCUCUAGCGCCUUGGAAGAAACCUGAAAGCGGGAAGAGAGAACCAUGGAAGAAGGAAACCAUCAUUGGCGGCUACUCGGGUGGAUACGUGGACGACGAUUCUGACGAUGAUGAGGUAUACCCUGACGACCCUAUAAAGAGUCGUCAGGCAGAAAUUUCCGAGUCCCACAGAGACAUCUUGAGACUCUUCGCAAAAAGGCCUUACAACAGUGCUUCAGGGAGCAAAUCCAAACCGCCCGAUCUCAAACAAGAAGCAGAAGUGGAGGAAUUCAAACGCCGAUAUGGAGAUAUUCUUGUCGAGGCCGGUGAAGGGGGCAAAACUAUCCUACACCGCAUUGUUGAGAGCCCAACGGACGCCCGUCCACUUUUAAGAUGGCUAUUGACGACGUACGAAAAGCUUAUUCUGCAGACAGAUAGCAAAGGAAACACAGCCCUGUAUUCUGCACUUGUGGUGGACAGAGGUCGGUUUGUUUCCACUGUUCUCAAGUGCAGCAAAAACAGCGCGGAAGCACUGCAGAUCCCGGGCGAUGAUGGAACGUGUCUGCAUAUUGCACUCAACUUACAACACAGUCUCCCUGACAGCGUUCCAACGCAAGAUAGGCGCAGUGCCGAUGGACCUCAUGGGCAACAAACGACGAAGAGACAACACGUUGAUGUCGACCGCAUGAUCGCGGAAUUGCAAGGCUCUCCAAGUGUGCAAAAGGAAGGGGAACCUGCAACGGGUACAGCUUUAAGAGAUGUUCUUAAGAAGCUAGAUAAGCGAGGCAACAACCUGCUGCAUGUUGCGUGGUCCGCCAUUGCCGAGCACAUCGAAAAGCAUGCCCUACAUUGCAAUAACGAUUCAACCGAUCCUCCCACCCUCACACCUGCUGUUUCCGUCCUCGAGCAUAUGGUUCAAGUGGGCACCAAGUUGAUGGAAGAAUAUCCCGAAGCCAUCUACCAAGAAAACCACAAAGGCCAACUUCCUUACACCUGUUUAGGCUCUGCAAAGCUGCUAAAAUCAUGCACCAGUAUGGUGGAGGAAAUAAAGCUAGCAUAUAUGCGGAAACUAGCUCAUGAGGAGGUCAAUGAGCUCCUCUAUCCAAAUGGAACAAACGAAUUAAGCAUCUUCUUUGAUAUUUCAAGAUUCACCACUGAUCCUGUGCCUGCGACUGAGCUUGAUAAAUGGUGGGGAUAUCUACGCUUUGAGACCAUUCUUCAGCACGUCGACCUUCCAAACCUUUCGAUCGUGGGCGGCGAAAAUCUGUUGACUCCAUUUUCAUCAGCUUCCGAGCCCAGUCCGGAUAUUCGUGAACUGAUAGGCCGGGUGGAUAUUGUCAAAAUCCUUCAUUGGUUACGUCGAAAAGGCGUUGGAAAGAUUCUGGAACUAACUGUAACAGACGACGAGAGCAAACCACAUUACGACGAAGCCAUCGAAGUGGCCUUAAAAGGGUUCGGAAUAGAGAUAUUGAACUGGCAAAAGCUAGACCUCUGCAGCGAUGUGCUCUACAACGCGGUAACAGAUGUGAGAAAACUAUACUUAUACUCGAGUGGCAACAGUGAUGUCCUCAAAGGUUGGUCCUCCGAGAACGGCCUGGAAAGGUUGCCGAAGUUACAAGACGUCUAUCUGAGCGAAUACGCCAGCGAGUCGAGAAUAGAAACAUAUGAACGCGAGUUUAGAAAAACAUUGAAAGCCCGCAGGCCUGAGGUUGAAAUCCAUAUGAUACCCUGGAAGGCAAAGGGCGGGACAGAUUCAAGCUCGCAGAGAAAUCAGGGGCCAUCCGUAAAACAUCCCUGGCUGGAUUGUAUGGACAGCUUUGCCACAGUGAUUAGGAGCAAUGAGCGUCGCUUCAAGGAUUUCGCGCCCGAGGUCAAAGUUGCCAUCAUUGACGACGGUAUCGACCCGAGGCUCCCAAAGUUCCAAAAAUGGAUUAAAACGGGGAAAUCAUAUCUCAAAAGACCGGACAAUCCAAACCGCGUAGUAGACUUCUGGGUUAACCCGGGGAAUCAUGGCACGGAAAUGGCGAAAUUGAUCUUGCAAGUCUGCCCAACCGCUAAGUUAUACAUCAUCAGACUUGAUGAAGGGUUUGGUGCACAAGGAGAGAGAGAGAUCCGGUUGGAUUCGGCGAUUAAAGCAAUCGAGUGGGCGACCCAGAUCCCUGUCGAUAUCAUAUCGAUGAGUUGGAGCAUCAAUAAGAGGAAUGUCAGCAGAGACGAUCAAACAACAUUUGAGAAUAAGAUCAGGGCUGCAUACGAAAGAGGUAUAACAAUGUUCUGUGCAGCCAGCGAUCGGGGCAAGAGGAUGGAACCCGGCCUCGAGGAAGACAUGCCCGCUGCAUUUGGCGAUCCCAUCAAGAUUGGGGCGGCGAAAGCGGACGGGAGCCCGUAUUCAGCGCUCGGCUUUCAGGAGGUAGACUUCUACCUCCCAGGCCACGAGCUCAAUCUCCAUGGGUACCAGCCUUCCAAAGGCCAACCUCAGUCCGGCAGCUCACUAGCAACCGCAAUUGCAGCCGGCCUCGCUGCGUUGAUCCAGUACUGUAUCGGGAUUGUUGACAAGAAGGACAAUGCCUACAAGGGCCGUCUCGGAACAGAGGAGAUUAGGCAGGCGUUUUGGAAACUGUGUAGUGCGCAGCAAAAAUUCCCCGAGGUCGAGAAGUUCUUUGGCAAUGUUGCCGCCUUGGACAAGCCUGACCAGGUCCUGACCAAAUUUAGAAAGAUCGCAAAAGGGCUGCGGAAACCGGCCCAGGGUGAAGAAGAACACAAGUGA